AUCAAGCAUGUCGCGACAAAAUGUUACAUAAAGUGUUUUAUUUGUUACUUUUAACUGUGUAUAUAAGUUCUGUAUUUACUUAUGACUAUAUGGGCAUGCAGCCGGAUUAUCAACUCGUUCGCAAUAAAGUGAAUAGCGUUGAAAAUAUUAACGACGAUGCAGUGGAGAGUGAACGCAAGCAGGGAGAAGAUAUGAAGAUUGAUGAUAAGGAAACGCUGGCUGAGAUUGAUGUUGCUAGUUUUAUUCAAAACCCUGACUAUGACACAAUAGAUAAUAACGAGCCUUAUAACGACGUGUAUAAGAGAAGUCAGCUUUCAAGAAGAGAUGAUGUUGAUUCAUUAUUUGAAGUUAAUGAAAAUGAGAAUGAUAAUAACGAAGAAUAUUUAGAAUUAGACAACAAUAGCGACGAUACUAAUAUACUCGAAAAUUUAAACAAUCUUAAAUAUAUAAGUAAUUCUAAAUCUUCUCAUGACAGUAAAAUAUCGAGUAACGCAAAGAAAAAACACAAUAAUAAUGAAAACAUCUUAGUAACUCCAGAAAAUAAAUGUGUUUUUAAGAGGAUGAAAUUUCCGUUUUUUUCCCGUGAUAAAACAAGUACGAAGAAAGCAAAAGUGAAUAAAAAGAGGAAACUUUUUCAAUUCAAUUCUAAGAAUUACAAAGAGAAGAUGACACAGCCAACAAGCAGUAGCGGCAUAACCGCAAGUGGCUUUGGUUCCUCAGAGAGACCAGCCAAGGUUGGCUACAGGCUCAGAAAACGGUCGUACGUUGAAAGGAUAUGUCCAUUAUGCAGAAGACGAUUUAAAGCAAAUAAAUCUGAAGGUCGAGGAAAAUUAUUAUCUAACUUCGAUAAGACAGUACAAAACAGUAGAGAGUUUUUUCGGCAAGUAAAACCUGAUAGCGACAAGAUUAAGAAUGACGAAGAAGGUGAAAAUAGAAUUCGGCAAACCUUUGACAUCAAUCAACCAAUAAGAGAUCGUUACAAGAAGUCCAAUAGCGUUCGUAACGCUAGAAAAGAAUGAAAGAGAUAAUACAUACUCAAUGUAUAGAACAUAAAAAGUUUGUUAUUUAGGUGUACAAAAUUUCUUAUUCGCUUAUUUGAUAGAGGAAUAAUAUAUUUUAUUGUUAUUAUAAUCGGAUUUAUUAUUGUCGGAGCCAUAAAAUCUAAUCUUGAGUUUUUACUUCAGAGCAUCAUCCUAUUGGCAAAGUAAGUAAAGAAUCUAUGAGUAGACCAUCUGCGCGAUAAAGGCGACACAAGUGGUUGAUGGUACAGAUAAAUUAAUUUCAGAUAAGAAUUGGGAUGACUUAAUCUCGCAAUUACAAAUUUUAUACUGCA